GUUAGGGUUAGUGGGAACAAGAGGGUCCGGCCGCCCCUCUUUCUGUGGUUGCCCCGCGCGUGCGAGGACCAGAGCAGCCCACCCCACCCCUCCUCACAUCCCACCCUUUUAAAACUCGUCCUCCCACCACCACUUUUCAGAAUUUUCUUCUCUUCUGCUCUUUGUCUCGCAUACCCGGAUCAAGCACCCGACCUGCGAAUUUAGUAUGUCCUUCCAUCAUAGCUUCUUAUAAAGAAGAGCUUCAUCAUCAUGUAAGCAUGCUAACCAUCUGCCUCUAGCAUUUUCGUCAAGAAACAAGACAAAACAACCUCAUACAAACAACUUCACAACCGUCAAAAUGGGCAAGGACGACAAGACUCAUCUUAACAUCGUCGUUAUCGGCCACGUCGAUUCCGGCAAGUCUACCACCACUGGUCACUUGAUCUACAAGUGCGGUGGUAUCGACAAGCGUACCAUCGAGAAGUUCGAGAAGGAAGCCGCCGAGCUCGGUAAGGGUUCCUUCAAGUAUGCCUGGGUUCUUGACAAGCUCAAGGCCGAGCGUGAGCGUGGUAUCACCAUUGAUAUCGCUCUCUGGAAGUUCGAGACUCCCAAGUUCUACGUCACUGUCAUUGAUGCUCCCGGUCACCGUGAUUUCAUCAAGAACAUGAUUACUGGUACUUCCCAGGCCGAUUGCGGUAUCCUCAUUAUCGCUGCCGGUACUGGUGAGUUCGAGGCUGGUAUCUCCAAGGAUGGCCAGACCCGUGAGCACGCUCUUCUCGCCUUCACCCUCGGUGUUAGACAGCUCAUUGUCGCCAUCAACAAGAUGGACACCGCUCAGUGGUCCCAGGCCCGUUACGAGGAAAUCAUCAAGGAGACCUCCAACUUCGUCAAGAAGGUUGGUUACAACCCCAAGACCAUUCCUUUCGUCCCCAUCUCCGGCUUCAACGGUGACAACAUGCUUGAGCCCUCCACCAACUGCCCCUGGUACAAGGGCUGGAACAAGGAAGGCAAGUCUGGCAACGUCACUGGUAAGACCCUCCUUGAGGCCAUCGACGCCGUCGAGCCCCCCAAGCGUCCUUCCGACAAGCCCCUCCGUCUUCCCCUCCAGGAUGUUUACAAGAUCGGUGGUAUUGGCACGGUGCCCGUCGGCCGUGUCGAGACCGGUGUCAUCAAGCCCGGUAUGGUCGUCACCUUCGCCCCCGCCAACGUCACCACUGAAGUCAAGUCCGUCGAGAUGCACCACGAGCAGCUUCCCGAGGGUCUCCCUGGUGACAACGUCGGCUUCAACGUGAAGAACGUUUCCGUCAAGGAUAUCCGCCGUGGUAACGUUGCCGGUGACUCCAAGAACGACCCUCCCCAGGGUUGCGCUUCUUUCACCGCCCAGGUCAUUGUCAUGAACCACCCCGGUCAGAUUGGUAACGGUUACGCUCCCGUCCUCGAUUGCCACACUGCCCACAUUGCCUGCAAGUUCGAGACUCUCCUUGAGAAGAUCGACCGCCGUACCGGCAAGUCUGUCGAAGCUGAGCCCAAGUUCGUCAAGAACGGUGACGCCGCCAUGGUCAAGAUGGUUCCCUCCAAGCCCAUGUGUGUUGAGUCUUUCACCGAGUACCCCCCUCUUGGCCGUUUCGCCGUCCGUGACAUGCGUCAGACCGUCGCUGUCGGUGUCAUCAAGGCUGUCGACAAGUCCGCUGCCACUGGUGGCAAGGUCACCAAGUCUGCUGCCAAGGCUGCCAAGAAAUAAGUGGUUUAACCGCUACUCGGCCAACGAUCCUUGUGGUCUGAAGCUGGGUGUAAUGUUUGCUUCUAUGACUGAAAUGAUUUGAGUUGUUUGCUUUACCUGGCUCUUGGACCAGAGGUCCAAGGCACACCUAGUAGUGUGUUUAUGAUGAAAAAUUUUAGACAGUCUAGUAGUGAAGAAAAAAGAAUUCCAUUUGUUAAACC